AUGGAAAUCACAGAAGAGGAGAUCAACAAUCUGUGGGAUCGAUAUCUGCAACUGCAACCGUCUUUCAAGGAUGUGAAGAUACUCGGCAAUUUUGUCGGUCUUCGACCCGGUCGUGCCAUUGUGAGAGUCGAAGCUGAAACAAGAAAGGCCCCCAGUGGGAAGAAGUAUAAGGUGGUGCACAACUAUGGCCACGGCGGUAGCGGUUUCACCAUUGGAUGGGGUACUGCCCUUCAUGCCAGUGGUCUUGCGUUGGAUCAACCGGUUGAUAAAUACGAAGAACUGAGAAAGGCCGAAACGUCGUUGAGCAAACCUAAAAGGAGAUCCGGCUACAGUUUUUGGAAUCCUAGACGUGUUCGAUCUCAUGCCUAA